AUGAACCCCGCCCAGAAUGGCUUCUAUGCCCCCGGCCCGCCCAUGAUGAACCCGCCGCCGCGCAUCUUUGGCAGCGGCCAAUUCGACCCCUCGCAGAUGCCCCAGGGCAACAUGUUCGCACAAGACGACUAUGACGACCACGGCGACCACGGCGACCAGAGCGACCCCAAGCGACGCCGGAUAGCAAGGGCGUGCGACAUGUGCCGGAAGAAGAAGAUCAAGUGCGACGGCAAGAUGCCCUCGUGCACCCACUGCCAGAACUACAAGACGGAAUGCAUCUUCACUCAAGUAGAGAAGAAGCGGCAGCCGCCAAAGGGGUGCGUUGCGCGCGUCUGUGGAUACAUUGAAGGCCUCGAGAACCGUCUGGCACGCAUGGAGUCGCUCAUGCGCCUCUCGGGUGUGCUUCCCGAAGACGACGACGGCAGCACCGACCUCGCAACGCUGGAGAAGCGCUUCACAGACCGCGCCGGCCAGUCGGCAACACCAAGAAACAGCGAACACGAAGACAGGCGAGAAUCAGUAGCGCCCACCAAUGCGAACGGAACCCCCGUGCAACCAGCGCUCCCCAGCCCUAGAAGUGGCACCGCCUCGCCCGAGCCAGAGAAGCAGGCCAAUGGGGAAAGCAAGGAUGAGGACACCCUCGCUGAAAUGAUGUGCUCGCUCGUGACCAACAACUGUGGUGAAACGAGAUAUAUUGGAUCAUCGUCUGGAUUCUCCAUCUUCUCGCCCAAAGGCAUACAAUGGGUGAAUGACAAGACCGGCGACGACUCGUUCCGGGACAUGAUCUCCACAGCCGCCGUCGAGGACAACAAGUGGAUAUCAUGGCGGCCCGACGUCUUCCAGGACAUAUUCAAGCGCCGAGUCCCUGUCACUGCUGAAGGACUACUUGAGAACUUCAACUGCAUGUUCCCGCUGUUCCACGAGCCCACGUUUAUGCAUCUAGUCGACAAACAUUACUCCAAAGACCCAUAUGAAGGCUCAGGGUGGUGGGCAUCGCUGAACGUCGCACUGGCCUUUGCUCAUCGGCUGCGGGUGAUGAGCAAUCUGGUGCCCGCCGAAGAGGAUGAAAAGGCUUGGCAGUACCUGAAGAACGCCAUGAGUGUCAUGGUGGAGCUAACCAUGCGCAACACCGAUCUGCUCAGUGUUCAGGCCCUGUUGGGCAUUGGACUCUUCUUACUGGGCACACCCAACCCCCAACCAACCUAUUUCUUCAUCGCAACGGCCAUGAGACUCGCACACAGCAUCGGUCUGCACAAAAAAGGUGCCAACUUUAACCUCAACAGCGCUGAGGUCGAGCAACGGAAGCGUGUGUUUUGGAUCGCUUACAUGCUAGACAAAGAUAUCUGUCUCCGUUCUGGUCGACCUCCCAUCCAGGAUGACGAUGACAUGAACGUCGAGCUGCCGAGUGAGUAUCCCGCGGACAACAUCGGAAACAUCCCGCUGGCAGACGGAAAGGGCACCAUGAACCUCUUCCGCCUCAUGUGCACCUUUUCUGUCAUCCAGAGCAACGUUUACAAGGGCUUGUACUCCGUCAAAGCCUCCAAACAGACCGACGGUGAGCUUCUCAACACCAUUGGCGAACUGGACCGAGAGCUCGAGGACUGGAAAGACGCCAUACCUCUCGAGUUCCGACCCGAGCAUGACAUCAAAGCCUCGCAUACUCCGCUCAUUUUACAAGUCGCUGCCACUGAACCCGCGAGUCUUCAUGUCAGCGCAGCUCUGUGUUCAGGCUGCCCGCGCUUCGAUACCCAUCUCCUCAAGUACAUACCGAAGGGCGAUCUCUCAUGCGUGUGGUUGAUCAUAUACUUCCCUGUAACCGCGCUCGUCACACUUUUCGCGAAUAUCCUCCAGAACCCACAAGACACGCGAUCAAAAUCGGAUCUGAAGCUUAUGAAGCUGGUCGUCAACUUCCUCAACAUGUUAAAUGACGACCAAGGCAGUGGAAGUGUCAAGCGCAUGUGCAGCGUCUGUGCCGAGUUCGAGCGCAUUGCAGGAGCAGUACUAGAGAAGGCCGACCGCGAACACGCCUCAAGACGAAAGAGGAAGCAGGGUGAUUCUGAGCAAGAUGCACAGAUUGAAGCAACAGCAGCGGAACUCUUAUCAACUGGACGGAACGGCUCGCAAUCUUCGCCUGCCGCCAGCGCCGCGGCUGCAACAACACCGCAGAACAACGCGUCGGAAGGCUUGAUUUUCAACCCCGACUUCCACGGCUUCAACGAGCCCUUCCCCUUCUCCCCCAACUUCACACACGCCUCCCUCCAAUCCGCCCCGCAACUAAACCAAUUCGGCUCCCCCGGGAUAUCCACGCAAAUGCUUUCAAACUCGCAAUCCCAACCCAACGGCCUCCCCAACACCACCACCAUGGAGUCCAACGGCAUCAACAACCUCAUGAACAUGGGCCAGUUCGACCAGACGUUCAACAACGUGCCCCAGGAUCUGUGGAAAAUGCCCAUGACGCUCGAGUGGGAUUGGGCGGACAUGACGGGCUAUAGUGGCUAUGAAGAUGGGAUCAGCAUGAAUGGCGUCAUGCCGGAUUAUGGGAAUAGUGGACAUGGGACGAGUGAGUUUAAUCAGAAUAAUAUGAAUGGGGGGAGGUAGUAAAGGUGGGAAGGAGGGAGGGGUGAGAGGGAACGUGGGAGCUGUGCAAACAUUCUCGACUCUGAUAUGUGGUAGUGUUUGUGUCCAAAAACGACCUUUGUACGAAUCUUUGAGGGUAUAUAUAAUCUUAUGUAUGGUAUGUAAUUAUGACUGUUAUGAGAUGAUA